CACACACUGUAACAACACCAAAACAAUCAAGAAAAGGAAAAGAGAAAAAAAAAAUAGAAAAAAGAAAGAACGUGUCUCCGAGGAGUUAAAAUAAAUUCAACUGUUUUCUCUCUCUUCUUUCUUUCUUUCUCUCUCUGAAACACAAUUGAAUUUGGCACAAUCGCCAACAGAAAUUCGCUGACAACAACGUUGAAACCUCUCUGUGAAACCUUAUUACCCGCAUUUAUGCACUCUUAUCUUCCCUUUUAAUUCUUUUUCAUCUUGCUCUCUGUUAUGAAGUUACUCGGUGCUGGUUGUUUCAUCGUCUUCUCACUCCUCGCUUUUCAUUCUUCAUUUUUAUGGAAUUUCAAUAUCAAUUUCUCAGGUGCUAGUGGCAAAUUCGGACACGGUUUUCGUCAUAGUAAUAAAGGCUUUGAGGGUGUUGUUUUUCUAGAUGGGUAAAGGUGAAGAUGGACGCUGCAUUUUUCCUCUUACCAGCUUGCAAAUUGGAGACUUGCAAUCUUAUUUUGCAGAUCUUAGUCUUUUCCUCGCAAAUGAUAGUAAAAAAAUGUAUAUUUUUGUUGACAACAGACCAUGGUUGAGAGACCUUGGUUCACGGGGAGCACACAUUUGGCAAUUGAUGGUUACAAAGUCAAGGUUAUCGCCUUUUGCGUACAGCAAAGCACGAAGAGAAAGAAAAGAAGGAAAGGAGGUUAGUUCUCAACCAAACACAAGUAAACCAAAGAAGUUUUUGAGAUGGUUCUCAUUGAUUGAAGCAGUAAUGUCAUCAAGAAAGAGAGUGUUACUGCCUGUGAAAAACCUAAGGAAUUCUUUGCAAUUCAGCAGUGAAUUGCAUCGAACUCUGUGUGGCUUUAUUGUAUUUGAAGUCGCAUGGACCAAUGUCCGCGGUAUCAACUACUUUAAUGAGCUCCAGACUGAUACAUCACUGGCUAUAGAAGCUAAACUUAUGAAAAGAUGGGAAUUUGACAAUAUCGCUCAAGCUGCAAGCUGUAUGUCUUCAUGGUUCUCAGGAACAACAUCUGAACAGCUACUUUUGAAAGAGCACCUGGAUUCUGCCUCAGGGGAAAUAUUUUACGACGCUAGUGAAGGUUUUUCCGAGAAUGUAUCUAUUGAUGAUGAUGUCGAUAACAUCUGCAAUAGUACCGUAACUGUUGAAGAUAGUUUGGGUACCACUACUGGAGUAGAUUCUGAUUACGCCGAAGAGACAACUGGAAUGCUACACACACCUCCUCCUUCUGGACCUAAUAAGAGAAGAAAAUUAUUGAAUUCCUUUAGUGCCGAGGUCGAUGUUGAUUGCUACUCAGAAGCUGAAAUUGAUAGCUCCCAGAGAUCUAGCUGUGUUUCUGAUGAUACGGUUGAAACCACUCAAUAUAAUGAUGUUCUACUGUUAUUUAGGUUUAAUGAUCACGACCUCCCAUUUAAGUUAAGGGAUAUUAUUAUAUCUGAUCUGCGAUUACUUACAUUGUUAGAGGCUGGUCUUCCAUCUUGGGUCAUCUUCCUUCAGUCAUAUCCAGUACUAUGCAAUGUUUAUCGUCCUUGGAUGUGCCCACUUGCAAGACUGCUAUAUGUUUUGAUGUCCUUUGUCACUGUCCUCAUUGGAUUCUAUGAUUUAUACAAAAAUGUUCCAGUUCUCAAGGCAACAGCAUCUCGUAUAUGUGGGCCUCUUUUUGAUUGGAUUGAAACUUGGGAGAUGGUUUCAAGGGUAAAAUACUUAGGGACAAUGCUGUUUCUACAUAACUUCCAGAAGGCUGUUAGGUGGUUUCUUGCCUUCACACAUACCACACGAUCCUUUUUUUCAGUUCUUAUUCAACCUCUUGCAGAGUCACUGGUGGAGAUUUUUGGAUUUCUCCUCCCAAGCUUAAAUAUUAUGUUUGAAUUAUUAGAAGGCAUCUUUUCUGUCAUUUGGUUAGGGAUUGAGACUUCUUGCAAUCUAGUGGGAGAUAUGGUGGAGCUGCUCUUUUUGCCAUUGUGGUUUAUCCUCACCCUUGUUUGGAGGAUCGCUACUUGUGUCUUAUAUCCUUUAUUUUGGAUUCUCUGGGAAUUUCUAUAUGCUCCUGUUCGUCUAGUCCUGGCAAUAUUCAGUUUUCUGGCUGUAAUAUGCACUCGCAUUUGUAAUAUACUUGGAGACACGUGGAAGUUUCUUGGUAGUAUAAUUCAGUUAGCUUCAUCUUCUGAAGCAACAGUCAGCUCUUAUGAAGUGUCCAUGUGGCGCUCUCUUUGGAAUGAUCUUUUUUCACAGAUUUUCCGAGCUCUAAAAAGCAUACUAUAUGGGCUUGUUGCCUUUUUCACAGCCUGCAACAGGCAUCGGCUAAGCAUCUAUAAUCAUGUACAGGAGUUUAUCCAAAGAUUUUAUCGUCAGUGCCAAAGAUCACGGCAAGCAGAUCUGAGCCACACCAGAAGAACUUGUUUGGCAGAGGAUCUGGCGGAAGAAAAGAAGAAAGUUUAGUUAUAGCUUCUCAAGAGACUGUUCUCGUUAUGGCAAAGCUAGUUUGACAAUCCUCACAUCAACCAACAGCACAGAAAUAUAUUUGGGUAACUCGUUGCAGCUUCAGUAAUCUUGAUACAAGCAUCAACAGUUUGGACGAUUCUUUUUCUUCGUAACAAAUUUUGCUUUUACCAUCCCCCCUCUGUUAUUAGUUCCAUUUUUGUGACAAUUUGCAUAGUCGAUAAUACGUAUAAUAGUAUAUAUGUACAGGAAACUUGUAAAUUAGUCAAAGUAGCUAAAUUCUUUGGAUGUAUUUUCAAAUGGAUUGAUGUUGAAGUACAUCAAUUUUGUAUCAUUUACCGCCACAAAGUAUAUAAAUUUCGUUAAAAUGCAUAUUUAAAGUUGAUUA